UUAUUGCGUGGUUUCUGCUAGCUCAUCAACCACUUUGUUGGCUAGAGCUGAUAGCUCGCUGGAUCGAUCUAGUAUGAAACAACCGAUCGAGUUGGAGAGAUAGCAUCGAUCUCUGUGCGCCAUGAGCUCCCGAGUGCGAGUUGUCAGCGUCAGCCAUGUCCUACCAGCUGCCGGAGCAGAUGAAGCCGCCCCAGCAGGCGGCUCACCUCAUCAUCAACCACUCCCUGACGACCGCGUUCUGAAGCUCUCCUUCAUGGACUGCUUGUUCGUCGGGGUGUUGCCCAUGCAGCGGCUCUUCGUCUACGAAGGCCCCGGCGUCCCGCCCUUCCCGUGCCUCGUCCGGUCCCUGCGGUCCUCCCUCGCCGCCGCGCUCGGUGACUUCCUCCCGCUCGCCGGUAAGCUCUCCUACCGCCCGUCAGCAGGCGACCUCGUCGUGGACUGUUCGCCGGCCGCCGUCUACCCUGGAGUUAGGUUCGUGGAGGCCCAGUACGACGGCAGCAUCGGCGAUAUGCGCCGCCUCGCCUGUGGCGAGGAGCACGACCCGGAGGACUUGCUGCGGCUCGGGCCCGAGCUUGAGGUCGGCCGCCUCCCCGCCCCGGUGCUCGCCGUGCAGGUCACUCGGCCGGCCGCCGGUGAUGGAGGCGCGGUGGUCGGGGUGUCCAUCCACCACGCCGUCGCCGACGGCCAUUCGGUGUGGCAGUUCAUGAGGGCAUGGUCUGCCGUAGCGCGGUCGGCGUCGUCCCAAAGCCUCGUGCCGCCGCCGACGUUCGACCGGGCGGCGAUUCAGCACCCGGAAGCGGAGGAGCUGACGCGCAGGUUCUUGCGCACGAUUGCGCCGGCGCUGCCUACGGUCAGGCCGCCGCCGGCGUCCCGCCCCACGCUGGAGCUGGCCCAGCGGCGAAGGAGCUUUCUGAUACGCCGCGAUCAGAUCCACUCGUUGAAGCAGCGCGUAAUGGAACAGAGCGUUGCCAUCAGCGAGCCGCUGGAAAAACUUCCAAGCACCUAUGUCGCGGUGUCGUCGUUAGUGUGGACGUCCAUCGUGCGCGCUAAGGCGCUGGACCACGGCGGCGGCGGCGGCGGCGACGACGACGACACCUGCUACUUCCUGGUGCCUGUGGACUGCCGGCGCCGCCUGCUACCGGGCGUCGGCGAAGGCUACUUCGGGAACUGCCUCUCUCUGUCGUUUGCGAAGGCCGCCGCGCGUGACCUGACGAAACCCGACGCCGGGAUGGCGCACGCGGCCGCGGCCAUCCGCGACGCCGCCCGCGAGAAGCUGGCGAACCCGCUGCGGGGUGCCGAGCGGUGGGCCGAGGUCUACGCGGGGAUCCCCCGCGAGAGGUUCACGCCGACGGGGUCGUCCAACCGCUUCAUGGCGUACGACGACACGGACAUGGGUUGGGGCGCGCCGAGCCGGGUUGAGCUCGUGUCGUCGCCGUCCGGCAGGGGGAUGGUGCUGCUGCUGGGUGCGCCGAACGGCGGCGUGCAGGUGACCGUGGAGCUCGACCACGCGCACAUGGACCACUUCGCGGCAAACUUCCUGCAGGUUUGAGGAUUCUGACUGUGGAUGUCUGUCUGUCCUCGUCCUUAAUCGAAUAUUGGCUGUUUUUGGUGGGAAAUCCAUUAUCAUCGGUCAACUGAAUGUCCUUUUAUCGAACAUUGGCUGUUUUUUCCUGAAUUAAAGGACGCGACUUUGCGAAAUUAGAGUUGAAUUGGGUAGUUUUUUUCCCUUAUGAACCUUGGGCAGGUGCUCUGCCUUUUCAUUAAAAGUGCAAAUUGAGCAUCGAAUGACCAUCGCAUUCGGAAAUAAAUUACAAUCACUGAGGGCUGAGGGCUGAGGGCUGAGGCUAUCUGCCUUCGAUUCAUACAUGAUACAUUUGCCGGGAAGGCCGCUAUCUCGCCGCUCGCGGGUUGGCAGGCGUCGCUGCUCAACUCCAUGGAACGAACAGUGCUGA